AUGUCUCUUAGGAUCUCACGCAUGUCACGGGUCACUCAGAUAUCCAGAUCUUUGCAGUCUCUGCAGGCUCGUAAGUUUUCCACCACAGCACAGACCCAAGGUCUGCUGGACUACUUUAGCUUCACCAGAAAGAACAAGCUCAAGACCGCUGAAAAGUCCACCAAGGAGGUUAUGCAAGAGUUGGAAACCCAGGAUAAAGAUCUCACCACUCAGGUGGCUAUUCCAAUUUUGGGUAGAACUGACCCCAGAAACAAAGAUUGGAAAAAGAAGAUGAACGGGUUCUCGGGUGAAAGCUGGAUACCUUCCCAGACCACCAUCAAAGCAGAACUAGAGGGAAAGCAGGACGCCGAAAAAUCCGAGAUUAUUACCAAAAGGGUCUCAGAAUUACAUGCACAGUAUGCUGGUUCCUCUGAUGGAGCCCUAUCGGAUCUUUCCAAGAGAUUCACAUUCCUAAAACAGGUGCAGCUGGAGUUCGGCGUGGCCAUUUCUGAUAUAAAACUCACACAACUCAACAACCUACACCUGGUAGAAGACUUUGUGGUUAGCAAUCUGCUUGGACCCAAAUCCAGAUUCAAUGAGAGAUUUCCCAACGCAAUUUACCUCGAUCCAAAGGAGUUUGAGGGCACUAACAUCAGCGUUACUAAGUUUGUGGGAGCAAAGGAGAAGCAGAAAAAGUUUGAGAAGUUGGUGGAGCAAGCAAAGUUGGCAGAGCAGGAAGCUUUGAAGGCGGCAUCUGCUUGA